AUGGGCAUCGUGAGUUCGUCCCUAGACGAAAAUCCAACUUUGUACAUAAGGAACUCCAAUCGAUUUCAAAUUACAGAAAUUUCAGUUUCUACCUCGAUCCAUGAUCCAUACAUAACCUUUCCUGUCAUGUCAACUGGUAUUGCCGCGGUUCCUAUUACAACAGAUCUUUUAGAAUUUAUACAAGAUCCCAACACUGACGGAAUUAAAGCUGAUGUGAAAGGGUUAACAUUUAUUAAUGUUUCCAGCGAAAAGGAGUUAUCAAGGAUUGUAACUGUCGAGUUUAAUGAUGAUCCCAAUGUAGACAUUUAUUAUGAAGAUAGGGUAGUGAUUUCUCUUCAUAAGCAUCCAAAUGUAACUUUGGUUGGGAACUACCAUACAGAUGAAGUUCAAACAUCAGAGGUUGAAUGGUCGUGGAAGUGGUUACCUCCUCAUAACAUGGAAGAAAUUCAUCAAGGUUGGCGAAAUUAUUGUUGUUUCGCCGAAUACGAUGAAAAAGAUAAUACAUUUCAAUUAUUGGCAUCCUUCACAUUUUGGGUUGCCGUUGCAGAUGGUUCGAAAAGCCUUUAUCAUCGUACUUCAAAAAGCGCCGAAUCCUUUGAUGGUUCAUCAUUCUUUACUGGAACGUCAUCUUUAUUACCAUCAUCUACUUCUACGUUAUGGUCACCAAAUAUGCCACGUAGUGUUCGUCCAUCAAGUCCAGAUACUUCUUUACUUCUAUUACCUAGUAUGUCCUCCGGAACUUCUUCUCUCUCAAGUGGGGGUAGGCGCAAUUCAGAUGAUUUGAUGUUCCAACAUGAACCCGAAGAUGGCCCAUUGUUUCGUGCAACUUUAAGUGCUUAUGAGAAAAAAAAUAAUUCUUUAAGAAACAAUAUAAAACGCAUUCUUAAGGCUGCUAUAAACUCUCGUGAUGUGAUUAUGGAUAGUCGAGAUGCCGAUGAGGAAUUUGUUAGGGCAUUACAAGGGGCUGCUGUUGCACAUCCUCAAGCAUUUCAACCUGUUCUAGAUAAUUACCUUGAAGAAGCUACAAGAAAAAUUUCAUCAAAUAGGGAAAUUCUUGCAAAUCAAAUGACUAAUUUACUAAUAGAACCUCUUCGAAAAUUGUACGAAAACGACAUUAAAGUUGCUGAAAGUAAAAAGAAAGACUUCGAGGAUGAAUCUCGUGAUUAUUAUCAGUUCCUUUCCAAGUAUUUAUCUUUAAAAAUAGAUAGCGCAAAGGAAAAGAAACAGCUCGAAUCUGAUUCAAAAUAUCAAGGUAAACGCAAGAAUUUUGAGCUGAAAAGAUUUGAUUAUUACGCAUAUAUGCAAGACUUACACGGAGGUAGAAAAGAUCAAGAGAUAUUGUACCAUUUGAUAAACUUCGCUGAAAAGCAAUCUUCAUUCUUUCAGCAAACUGCAAUGGGAAUACAGAGUUUGAAACCAGGAUUAGAUAAAUUAUCUAUUGAUGUAGCUGAAGCAACGAAAGAAAUACAUCUUAUGAGAAAAGAAAGAGAGGAAAGACGUAGGGCUACUGGUUUGUUAACAGGUGAUAAUAUGAGUAAUACCUCUGAGAAUCGACCUUCAAGUCCAGUUGCCUCAUCAAAUGCGUUACAAAAUCGUUUCAAAGGUAUUCGUGAUUUAGAGCAUCAUGAUUCUGAGUUAACUUCUUCUGCAGGAAGGAAAAAAGAAGGUUUUUUGUUUGCUACAUCACGAGCGACCCAACAUGGAACUGUUGACCCCAUUGCUAAGAAUAAUUGGCACAAAUACUGGUGUGUUUUAGCUGGAGGGCAGCUUUGCGAGUAUAGCAAUUGGAAAAAAUCGUUAGAAACACAUAAUGAACCAAUCAACUUGCGAUUCGCUACAGUAAGGGAAGCUCGAGGUGCUGAUCGAAGAUUUUGUUUUGAGGUGAUAACUCCUCAAUAUCGACGUAUAUAUCAAGCAACUUCCGCUGAAGAUAUGAAUUCGUGGAUAACAGUCAUUUCUAAUGCAAUUGAGAGCCUACUUAAUGGGACAAGUAGUUGUCGUAAUUUGGAUCAGGUUUUGCAAGAAGACAAUGGUGCAAGUGCUGUUAACCCAUUUGCUAGAAAAUCCGUUCAACGAAGGGGCACGCUACCUAGUCUUACAGAAAAAAGGAAAAAUGAUAUGAAAAAGGGAACACCUUUAUUAUUUGAAGAUUCAACAAUAUACGCUCGUACAGAAGGAUCAAAUUUUCAGGAACUAAAUGAAAACGAUGAUUCUGUUAAAAUUAUCGAAGUUAUCAAAGGUACAGAUAGUUCGAAUACGUGUUGUGCUGACUGUGGAGCACGAAGAACGGAAUGGUGCUCAAUUAAUUUGGGUAUUGUACUAUGUAUAGAGUGUUCUGGAAUUCAUCGUAGCCUAGGUACACAUAUUUCUAAGAUUAGGUCACUUACAUUAGAUACGACAUCAUAUACUCCUGACCUUAUUCAAUUAAUUAAAUCAAUUGGAAAUUCACCUGUUUCAUCAAAAAUUGAAAGAAAUGAAGAUAAAGCUGAUCCCACUAAUGAUUCUCGAGAAGUCAAACAAAAAUUUAUUAUUGCAAAAUACAUUGACAGAGCUUUUGUAAAUUUUUCACUUGUUGACGAAGGUAGAACUGCGACAGAUAUUCUUUUUGAAGCAGUAAAAGAAAAUAAUAUUCUUUUAGCAAUUCAAGCUAUUGCAUUAAAAGCAGAUGUAAAUGCUCUUCGUAGAUUCGAAGUAACUAAUGAUUAUGGAUUGAAAACACCACUUUUGUUGGCCUUGCUUCAUAUUGAUCCCUCUCUGAUGAUAGUAGAAGGUGAUAGAACUUUAUUUCCAAUGGCUGAAUUGCUUUUACAGAAUGGAUCAGAUGUUGAGAAAGGGUUACCCGAGGAUGAUCUUGAAGAUAUGCUUGCCGCAGCAUCUCAACCAAUUACACGAAAUACGGCAAAAAGUGUUGGGACAUGGGCAGCAGAAGUUGUCAGUGAUAUGAAGAAAUCCAGAAAAACUGUUUUGGAUUUAGUACAAGAUAGCGGAAACAUAGCAGCAAUAAGAUAUUUUACACCUAAAGUACUUGCUAGAGGACCUAAAUCAAAUUUAACUGAUGACCCAAAUUCUUUAAUGAUAACAAAUACAAAUACUGGGGCUAUAGUAGGUGGAACCAUUUCGGAAAGAAAACACUCAUCUGCUAUAAACCGAGCAAUAUCAGUAUCAACGAAAAAAGCACUAUCAUGA